GCCCAGGCCGCACCGAAUGUCGGAAGUCCCGCCCUCUCCUGACAGCGGAAGUCCGGCCUGUAGCUACCUGCUUGUCUCCUCGUGCGUCCCAUCGCCGGCAUGGCGCACUACAACUUCAAAAAGAUCACGGUGGUCCCGUCCGCCAAGGACUUCAUUGACCUGACAUUAUCGAAGACUCAACGAAAGACUCCAACGGUUAUUCAUAAGCAUUACCAAAUUCACCGCAUUAGACAUUUUUAUAUGAGAAAAGUCAAAUUUACUCAACAGAAUUACCAUGACAGACUCUCACAGAUUCUGACAGAUUUUCCCAAAUUGGACGAUAUCCAUCCAUUUUAUGCUGAUUUGAUGAAUGUUCUCUAUGACAAGGAUCAUUACAAGUUGGCUCUAGGACAAAUAAAUAUUGCCAAAAAUUUGGUGGACAAUGUUGCUAAAGAUUAUGUGCGACUUAUGAAGUACGGGGAUUCUCUGUACCGCUGUAAACAGCUGAAGCGUGCAGCCCUGGGCCGAAUGUGCACCAUCAUCAAGAGACAGCGGCAGAGUUUGGAGUACUUGGAGCAAGUGCGUCAACAUUUAUCCCGCUUGCCAACCAUUGAUCCAAACACAAGGACUCUGCUUUUAUGUGGUUAUCCAAAUGUCGGGAAGUCCAGCUUCAUCAAUAAGGUGACGAGAGCAGAUGUGGAUGUUCAGCCCUAUGCAUUUACCACCAAGUCUCUGUUCGUUGGGCACAUGGACUAUAAGUAUCUGCGUUGGCAGGUUGUAGAUACCCCGGGGAUUUUGGAUCAUCCUUUGGAGGAUCGGAACACCAUUGAGAUGCAGGCUAUCACAGCCCUGGCCCACCUUCGUGCUGCGGUUCUGUAUGUGAUGGAUCUGUCUGAGCAAUGUGGACAUGGGUUAAGAGAGCAAUUAGAACUCUUCCAGAAUAUCAGGCCUCUCUUUAUCAAUAAGCCUCUUAUCAUUGUGGCAAACAAAUGUGAUGUCAAGAAAAUAGCUGAACUUUCUGAAGAUGAUCAGAAAAUAUUCAUAGACUUACGAACUGAAGGAUUCUCUGUAAUCGAGACCAGCACCCUGACUGAGGAAGGUGUUAUUCAAGUUAAAACAGAGGCUUGUGACAGGCUUUUGGCUCAUCGAGUGGAAACGAAAAUGAAAGGCAACAAAGUGAAUGAGGUUCUGAACAGAUUGCAUCUAGCUAUGCCAAACAAGAGAGACGAUAAGGAGAGGCCCCCUUUCAUCCCGGAAGGGGUGGUGGCACGCAGGAAAAGAAUGGAAGUUGGGGAGCCCAAGAAGAAAAGGGAACGAGAUCUUGAACUGGAAAUGGGGGAUGAUUACAUUUUGGAUCUGCAGAAGUACUGGGAUUUAAUGAAUUCAUCUGAGAAAUACGAUAAGAUACCAGAGAUCUGGGAAGGCCAUAAUGUUGCUGAUUAUAUUGAUCCUGCUAUCAUGAAGAGAUUGGAAGAGUUAGAAAAGGAAGAAGAGCUGAGAACAGCCGCCGGGGAGUACGACAGUGACUCUGAAAGUGAGGAUGAGGAGAUGAUGGAAAUCCGACAGCUGGCAGAGCAGAUUAGAGAAAAAAAGAAAUUGAAAAUUCUGCAGUCCAAAGAAAAGAAUACCCAGGGACCCAGGAUGCCCCGAACUGCUAAGAAGGUUCAGCGGGCAGAUUUGGAGAAUGAGAUGCGUAAUCUUGGUGUUGACAUGGAUGAUAAAGACAGUGCCCACUAUGCAGUCCAGGCAAGACGAUCUCGGAGUGUCACUAGGAAAAGAAAGCGGGAAGACUCUGUUGCACCCUCUUCUAUAUCCAGGAGUCGGAGUUGCUCUCGAACUCCACGUGACAUUUCUGGUCUUCGAGAUGUCAAGAUGGUGAAGAAAGCCAAGACAAUGAUGAAGAAUGCCCAGAAGAAGAUGAAUCGCUUGGGAAAGAAAGGGGAGGCAGAUAGACAUGUGUUUGACAUGAAGCCCAAGCACUUGCUUUCUGGGAAGAGGAAAGCUGGUAAAAAGGACAGGAGAUAGUGUCCUUUCCAGUCGGCUGGUUUGGCUUGACUGUUGCUGUUCUUGGAAGGGCGUGGUGUGGGUUAGCAGAACUGGAGUCACCGUCUGCUGACUGAAAGAAGCUAUGGAAAUAACGCAAGUGCUUGUUGCUUCACUGAAAUCUGGUUAACCCAAUGCAGAAUGUGUGGGAAGUCAGGUCCCUGCAAUACAGAUGUCUUAAGUGUACUUUGUUUCUGAAUUUCAUGACAUGUUGACUGCUUCACAUUUACCGAACUGCAAAGAUCUAUGGGUGUUAGUAAGUUGCUUUUGAUGGGGGGAAAAACCCGUUUUGUAAGAGGGACCUUUGUUUCAUACUCACAAAGAGCCUGUGUUUGUGAAAAAAGCUUCCCCUCGGAAGCACAGGCAGAAGGCUUUGAGGCCUGUCAGAACUCCAUACUUAAAAUACUCUCUUAAAUUAUUUUCUAGAGUUUUUGUACAAUGUAUCAUUUUAACUUGUCUUCAACUAUUUUAUCUAAAAUAAACCUAAAGAAGAAAAUAGUUUUUA